AUGGGCCGCCAGAUCGACCUCUCCGGCGCGGAGAUCCGCGCCGACCCCGGCGACGGCAGCCCGCCCAUCUUCCUCCCCCGCCAGCCCGCCGCCUCCCCGCUCCUCGCCCUCGACAUCGGAGGGACCCUGAUAAAGCUGGUGUACACGGCCAGCUGCGGCGGCGAGGAGGAGCUGCGGUUCGCCAAGUUCGAGAGGCGGAGGCUCGACGACUGCUUCGACUUCGUCCGGGCACAAGGCCUCCUCGGUUGCAAUGGGACAACGACAGGGUCAAGCAAAGAAAAUAUGACACUGAAGGCAACAGGUGGUGGAUCAUAUAAAUUUGGUGAUGAUUUUCGGCAAAAAUUAGGUGUUAGUCUUGACAAGCUUGAUGAAAUGGACAGUGUUGUUUCUGGAGCAAACUUUUUGUUACAGAAUGUUCCUGGCGCAGCCUUCACACACAUGAGUGGAAAGAGGAACUCGAUUGAUAUUUCCCCAGAUAACUUGUUUCCUUACCUUCUUGUGAACAUUGGCUCAGGAGUUAGCAUAUUAAAGGUCACUGGAAAUAGAAAAUUUGAAAGGGUAACUGGGACACAUAUUGGUGGCGGUACUAUGUUUGGGUUAGCAAAACUAUUAACAGGCUGCAAGAGUUAUGAUGAAUUCCUGCAAUUAAGCCAGAAAGGGGACAAUUUUGUACUUGAUCUAGUUGUGAAGGAUAUAUGCGGGGAGCUUGCCUGCCAGAAGCAAGGACUGUCAACUUCGACUCUUGCUUCUAGCUUUGGAAAAGUUAUUACUUCUAUGAAAAAGCUAGCAGAUUACAAGCCUGAAGACCUUGCAUCCGCAUUGUUGAGUGCCUUUACUUACAAUAUUGCACAAAUUUCUUUUCUUGUUGCAUCACUCUUGGGCCUCAGAAGGGUCUUUUUUGGUGGAUCAUACAUACGUGGACACAAGAGCACAAUGGAUAAUAUUUCUUAUGCACUAGACUUCUGGUCAGAGAGUCAAAUGCAAGCUUCAUUCUUGCAACAUGAAGGGUAUUUAGGUGCUCUUGGUGCCUUGAUGAGUUACGGGGAUCCCAGAGAUGAAAACUUGAACCUCGAGGAAUCUCAAGAGGAGAACAGUCAUGAGGCAGCAGGUCCUACUGAUGUGACAUCAGCAGACGAACACAACGAUAGCAACAUAUUUCCUUAUCUCCUUGUUAAUAUUGGAUCUGGUGUCAGCAUGAUAGAGGUAAUUGGUAAGGGGAAGUUCGAGCGAAUUAUCGGAUCACAUCUGGGUGGUGGUACUAUCCUUGGUCUUGCAAGGCUUUUAACUGGCUGUUCAAGUUAUGAGGAAUUCUUGGAUUUGAGCCGGAGGGGUGAUAAUUUGGCUGUUGAUUUGACUGUUGGAGACAUUUAUGGGGAGCGUGGUUAUCCAAAGAUUGGUCUUCCAGCAUCCACUACCGCAGCAAGCUUUGGAAAAGUGAACUCGGGCAAACUUUCAGAGUACAAAGCAGAAGAUCUCGCAGCAGCUCUGCUCAACUCUUUCACAUACAACAUUGGACAGAUAGCCUACUUUGUGGCUAAUCUAUCAGGCCUAAAGAGAAUCUUCUUUCGAGGUGCUUAUGUCUGUGGUCAUGAGAAGACUAUGGACAAGAUUUCUCGUUCCCUCAAGUACUGGUCCAAAGGUGAAGUUCAAACGACAUUUCUGUGUCACGAAGGGUUCUUGGGAACCCUAGGUGCAUUCUGGAGUUAUGAGAACAUGGGCAUUGACGGCUUGGCAUCACAUGAAGUCAUUAGGGAGGUCUUGCUUGGUGCUCCGUACACCGGGCAGUUCCCAUCUUCACCAUUGACUCCAGAGCAGGAAAAUGUAACCGCUGAAGCUGAGGUGGAGAGGCUGCGGCGUGACAAUGCAGUUCUGAAGUCCGAGCUUGAACGGUUACAAAGGGAGAAUGCAGAGCUGAAAGCCAAGUUAGUGAAAUCCGAUGAAGCGGCUACCUUGUAA